GAAUCCACGGGCAACAUGGCGGCGUCCGAGGAGCACGAUUCUCCUACUGAAGCGCCCCAGCCGGCGGUGGAGGAAGAAACGAAAACAUUUAAGGACCUGGGUGUGACAGAUGUGUUGUGUGAAGCUUGUGAUCAGUUGGGAUGGACCAAGCCCACUAAGAUUCAGAUUGAAGCUAUUCCUUUGGCCUUACAAGGUCGUGAUAUCAUCGGGCUGGCAGAAACUGGCUCUGGAAAAACAGGGGCCUUUGCUUUGCCCAUUCUGAAUGCUCUGCUAGAGACGCCCCAGCGUUUGUUUGCCCUCGUGCUCACUCCCACUCGGGAGUUGGCCUUUCAGAUCUCAGAGCAGUUUGAAGCUCUGGGGUCCUCUAUUGGAGUGCAGAGUGCUGUGAUUGUAGGUGGAAUUGAUUCAAUGUCCCAGUCUUUGGCCCUGGCUAAAAAACCACAUAUAGUAAUAGCAACUCCUGGCCGACUGAUUGACCACUUGGAAAAUACAAAAGGUUUCAAUUUAAGAGCUCUCAAAUACCUGGUCAUGGAUGAAGCAGACCGAAUAUUGAAUAUGGAUUUUGAGACAGAGGUUGACAAGAUCCUCAAAGUGAUCCCCCGAGAUCGGAAAACGUUUCUCUUCUCUGCUACCAUGACCAAAAAGGUGCAAAAACUUCAGCGAGCAGCUCUGAAGAAUCCUGUGAAAUGUGCUGUUUCCUCUAAAUACCAGACAGUUGAAAAAUUACAGCAGUAUUACCUUUUUAUUCCCUCUAAAUUCAAGGAUACCUACCUGGUUUAUAUUCUAAAUGAAUUGGCUGGAAACUCCUUUAUGAUAUUCUGCAGCACGUGUAAUAAUACUCAGAGAACAGCUUUGCUACUCCGAAAUCUUGGAUUUACUGCUAUCCCCCUCCAUGGACAGAUGAGUCAGAGCAAGCGCCUAGGAUCCCUUAAUAAGUUUAAGGCUAAGGCUCGGUCCAUUCUUCUGGCAACUGAUGUUGCAAGCAGAGGUUUGGACAUACCUCAUGUGGAUGUAGUGGUCAACUUUGACAUUCCAACUCAUUCCAAGGAUUACAUCCAUCGUGUAGGUCGAACGGCUAGAGCUGGGCGCUCUGGAAAGGCAAUUACUUUUGUCACACAGUAUGAUGUGGAACUCUUUCAGCGCAUCGAACACUUAAUUGGGAAGAAACUGCCUGUUUUUCCAACCCAAGAUGAUGAGGUUAUGAUGCUGACAGAACGAGUGACUGAAGCCCAAAGAUUUGCCCGAAUGGAGUUAAGGGAACAUGGAGAAAAGAAGAAACGCAAGCGAGAAGAUGUUGGAGAUAAUGAUGAUACAGAGGGUGCUAUUGGUGUCAGGAACAAGGUGGCUGGAGGGAAAAUGAAGAAACGGAAAGGCCGUUAACCACUUUAUAAAGACUUGAGUUCUCCUCUCUGUUUGUAAAAUGGGAUCGCAGAAAAGAGUGAAACUCCUCCUUAGAGUUCCUCAGACUGAGAUCUGUCCAAAUUAUGUUUAGAAGCUGUUCAGCUAAUGCAGUGCUCAUUCCCCUCUGAGUGUUGGGGUGUCAUUGCUGCAGGAUAAUUUUUACAGUGCUGGUUGGCGAUACUCUGCUCUUCAGCUUUGAUUCCUUACUCACGAUGAGAGGGGAUGUGCUCUUCUGUGACUUCACACAGACUUUUCGACUGCAAGUCAAGGACUGGGUUAAUGAAGUAUACAACUUAAAACUGUAAAGGGAGGAGGCUGGGAUGUCUAUAAGUGAGAUUAAGACGUUGGAGCUUGUACUUCAUUACACCCAAUGUGAAACAAUAAAUUUAAAUGUUAUUUUUAUUUUUUUAUUUUAUUUUUUCGGUACUGGGAAUUGAGCCCAAGGUCACUUUACCCCUGAGUUACAUCCCCAGUCUCAUUUAUUUAUUUAUUCGCUCUUUUAAAUUUUGAGACAGGUUCUCACUAAGUUGCUGAGGGCCUCGCUAAAUUGCUGAGGCUGACUUUGAAGUUGUGAUUCUCUUGCCCAAGCUAUGGGAUUACAGUUGUAUACCACCUCAUCGGCUCUGCCUCAGCCUCUGAGUUCCUGGGAUUACAGAUAUGCACCACCACACCCAGCUACAUAUUACUUUUAAAAGAUUCAAACUCCUUGACACGUUGAUGUUAAAGGGCUUUAUAGAUUUAAGUAAGAUCUUGCUAAUAGGUAAGAAUCUGACAGUAGUGGUUAUAUUAGCAGAUUCAUUGGUUGUCCUUAUUUUAAGGUAUACGUAUUAUAAUAUGACUGAAAAAAAAUCAAAGGAAAAAUAUGAUGAUGGCUUCGAUAGGAAAGGAGGUCCUGCUUUGAAAGGAAAGGAGGUUGGUUUUUUGGGGGAAUGGAACAAAGUUCAUCAGUAAGACUGCAGAAGUCUUUAUAUCCCUAAAUAGAUUCACUUCCCUGGUUCCCUGAAUUAAGCAAGUGAUUAGAAAGACUGGUUUCUUACUUAGAGUUUUACCCCAGAUGCUGAAAGUAAAUCAGGACACAUCAGAAAUAGGUUAGGCCAGGCAUGGUGGUGCACGCCUGUAAUCCUAGCAGCUCGGGAGACAGGCAGAAGGACUGUCUCUCAAAAGAGCUGGGAAUAGAGCUCCAUGGUUCAGUUUCCAGUAUGAAAAAAAGGGUAAUUCUAAGUGAUUUCACGUACUUGUAAUUGGUACCUAUUCUUUUGUCCCCAUCUGCUGGGCAGUUGGUUUCAGAUGUAGAGCUGGGUCCUUUGUUCCUGAGAGGAAGUAGACAGGUGGGGAGUGGAGGGUUCCUGGAAAUUAGAAACAACUUUGAACUUUCCAGUCAUGAAGAGCCUUGUGUUCUGAGGGCUUUUUACACAUCCAUGAUGCCUAGUAAAUUUUGUUGACUGUAUCAUUUUUUUUGGAGUGUAUGUGGUGUGGCAGAGCCAGAGCUAAGAGAUUCUGAAGAAUCACUGUGAUGGAUUAAGAUUGAAAAUGAAAUUUGGAAAUUGAGAAGCUUUUGAAAAUGAAGUUUGGGAGUUGAUAAACUUUCUGUGUGCAUUUGAAGCAAAAGGUUGUAUCCCAAAGGUUGUAUGUCUUGAAGUAUCUGGAGAGAAAAUUAGAUGGUCAUGGUUGACCAGUGGUAUGUUGUUCACUACAGGAAUAUCAUUAAAAUAUAGGGAAGGAUGCUUUUUUUGCCACAAAUGUUUCCUGAGAGGGUGUGCCUGUGGAUAAGUCAUUUGUAAUGAAUAGAAGUAUAGCCUACAACUUAUUUUGCUGUUUAGUUUGCUUUAAAUUUCAUAAUAUUCAUUAUGGUGCAUUUGACUGAAGAGUCAAGACAUGAUAAGAAAAAGGGAAAGGAGAAAAGAAGAAAAGGAGGGGCAAAUAAUUGAGAGAGGCCAUCCUUGUGACCCUUAGGAGUUGUAUUUACCACUUGAGGCUAAUUCUCCAAUAAUAUUGAAUUUUCAUGUUGGGCUUUGUGUAGCAACUUUAUCUCUAAUGGUUGAUGGUUGCUGUUUCAACUCUGGAGGAUUGCAGAAUCAUGUUGAAAUUGAAUUGAGAUAGCACUGGAGAGUAAGGAGAGAUUGGAAUUAUUCUGGAGGAUGUCUGAACUUUCUUAACAGGCAAUGUGCUCUAACUGGGGUCUGUGGAGCCCAAAGAUAUAUACAUAUUUUGGAGGAAACUAAAAAAAUUAAAAACCUUAACUCUAGGACUGGGAAUGUAGCUCAGUGGUAGCCUUGCCUAGCAUGCCUGAGGCCCUGGGCUCAGUCCCCAGCCCUGCAAAAACAAACAACACCACACUGCUCUAAACCUUAACUUUUGUCUCUAAGUAUAUACAUAAAAAUUGUGUUUUUCUUGAACGGGAAUAGGACACAAAUGGAAGAAAUGUGGAGCAUGUGUCUUCAGGCUUAUUAAUAGGUCGAGAGUUAAGAUUAGAGUCCCAAACAGAAGAAACAGGGAUGCCAUUGUGAAGGGCAACAGCCACAGAAAUAAAAGAGACCCAUUAGUGAGAAAGAGGAUUGUGGAUUUAUUCCACUUAUCAGACAUUUCUUAUGCUCUUUUGUCCUCUCAGGCAAGGUUGUAAGGUCUUGCACUUGAAAUCCACUGGGCAUAAUGGUGGACUCCUGUAACUUCAGCUACCUCAAAGGCUAAAGUAGGAGGAUCACAAGAUUAGGGCAGCCUGGGCAAUUUAGCAAGACCCUGUCUCAAAAAAAAAAAAAAAAAAAAAAGGCCAGGGAUGUAGCUCAG